GGGGCAAGGGGAAGGAGAAGGAGGAGGAUGGAACGGACGACUGCCCGUUCUGCCAGUUUAUGAAGGGAGGGCCGUGCCGAGAGGAGUUCAUCGCCUGGGAGGGGUGCGUGGAGGCAGCAGAAAAGGCCGGGGAGAGCAUAGUGGACCGGUGCGUGGGCCCCACAGAGGCGCUUAAGACGUGCAUGGAGGGCAACGAGGGGUAUUACGGAGUGGUGCUGCAGGCUGAAGCGGGCAUGAAGGCGGAAGCUGCGGCAGCGGCUGCGACUGUGGGGGAGGCGGUGGCAGUGGUGGAAGCGGCAGCAGGGGAGGGAGGGGUUGUGGAGGGGAAGGGUGUCGAGGGGAGUAAGGUGGAGGAUUCGGUUGAGAAUGGGGAUGGGGGGAGUGAGGAGGUGGUUGUGGUGGUGGUUGGGAAGGAAGAGGCGCCAGAGGAGGCAGGGAAGAAGGCAGCAGAGUAGGGCUCUGGUCCGAAUUGGGAUUUGAAGUUCGGCUCGUUGGUGCCUGACGGCGCUUGGCUCAGCCGCAGAAAUGACCUGUAGGGGGAACCCACUCACCAUCACCCACCAUCACCCACCCGGACCAACCUCACCAUACCAUCCGUCAGAUGACCUUGCCGUGCAACCCAACGGCUCCUGCUGAGCAAAGCUCAGAGGCUUGUCUGAGCCACACCAUGAUGAUUUCAUACAUUGACAAUUUGACAUUAUGAUGAGGUGCAUCAUGAUCCAUGAGCUUUAUGUCAAGCCAUAUCACCCUACGACAUGAGAUGAAUUACCAUGUACGGUGUUUCUAAAUGCGAUGGGUAUGCAUCUGGGCGUUUGAACUACAUCAC